UGGAGUAGCUGCAUUUGGUGCAAUUUCUAUGGAAAACUUUUGCUAUAUAUAUAGUUAAAUCUCAACAUUAAUCUUCAAUUCAAUUCAAGUAUUUCUUAUAAUUAAUCUUCAAUUCAUUCAGUUAAUUUAUUUCAUAUUCAAAGAACAUGGAUUCCAACAGCGCAAGCUACAAUGCUGGACAGGCCAAGGGCCAAGCACAGGAAAAAGCCAGCGGUAUGAUGGACCAGGCUAAAAAUGCUGCUCAGUCUGCCCAAGAAUCAAUGCAAGAGACUGGUCAGCAAAUGCAGGCAAAGGCUCAAGGAGCUGUUGAUGCUGUGAAGGAUUCAACAAACAAGAGCUAAUUAUGUUUGAUGGAUCAUUAUGAGUCUAUCAAAUUUUAAAAUAUGCUCUUUUUAUUUUUUUGUAUUUUUUUUUUUUGAGAUUUCUACUCUUGUGAAUAAUAACACACUUUUGGUCCUCUAGGACCAUGUGAUGUAGUUUUAACUUAAUUCAUUAAUCAAUGAAUUUUAUUUUGGUGAAA